AUGCUGUUAUACCCUUCACAGUCAAAGCGAACCCUGGUUAUUCCCUCGAUUGCGUCUGCUGGCCUGACGGCUGCUACUGAUGCAUUAGAAGUAGUAUGUUCACCCACGGGCAUACCGCAGAACUGGAGGAGAGGUACUCAAUGCAAAGUAAAUUUCGAUAAGCCCGACACAGUUGCUGACCCAGGCAGCAUCUUUGAUCCUCGAAGAGAGAAGGUCUUUUUAGGGGCCAAGAAGAAGAAUAAUCGUCAGCUCUAUGCAAUCAAAGCCAUGUCCAAAUCGGCAAUGCGUAAAAAGAACCUGGUUAGUCAGGUCACCGCUGAACGCAACGCCUUGGCUGUCAGCAAAUGUCCCUACAUCGUCCACCUCUAUUACUCACUGCAAACAAAGGACUACGUCUACUUGAUAAUGGAGUACCUCAUUGGUGGGGAUUUGAAAUCUCUGAUCAUGGCGGCGGGCUACUUGGACGAGAGACCCGCCUCACUCUACAUGGCUGAGAUGGUGAUUGCGGUGAAAUAUCUUCACGAACACGGGAUCAUCCAUAGGGAUCUGAAACCGGACAACGUUCUCAUCACAGCGAAAGGACAUCUUAAACUGACUGACUUCGGUCUCUCUUCUGUCAGUUGGUCAAAGGUUCUCUCACCGGCGGAUGUGCUUUACACACCCUCAGCUACACGUAUGUCGCAGGCCUUCUCCCGCACACCUGGUCAAAUCAUCUCUCUCACCACGGAUCUCUCAUUCAAGAACUCCCGAGUGACUGAGUCUUCAGGUGCUUCCUUCAAUUCACAUUUAAUCACAGACGCUGCAUUGAAUCCGGUGACUUCCCGUUGCUCUUCACCAAAUGCCAACGAGUCCCCACAUAGUCGCAGCUGGUCCUUCUCUCCCUCAGUGGACAAUACCGUCGCCUCGAGAACUCGAUUUCUCUCUGAUGACUCGAAGCCUCUUAAGCAUCAAAUGCCUCCUAGAACGCCUGCUUCCCAGAUUUCGUCUAUUGGCGGAAGAGAUGAUCACUACGAUGCCCAACUGGAUUCGCGGCUACCUCGCAGUUCAUCACCAGUCCACUGUCACUACGUGGCCCUGCCUCGCCUCCGGCGUGCUUUGUCCGCUGUGAAGCUUCACUAUCCUAGCAAUAACUCGUUGGCUUCUUCCUCUUCCACACAUUCCCUUGGAGCAGCUCCGGACAAUCAUAGUGAAGUCACUGAGGAAGGUAACAAGGAGAAUGUGCCCACUACCACCCUUGGCUUUGUGUUCAAGACUCCCUCUCGACCUCCUCGCAGGGCUGCUAGAACUCAGGCCCCUGCAACCAUCUCCUUCGAUGACAUUGGCCAGCGGAAACACAUCACUUCUGCCGAUUUUAAUAAUGCCGUGUGUUUGUCCCAACUGAAUCCCUCCAGACCGCCCGACUUUGGGAGGGAAUCUACACCUCUGGAGGCGCAAGUCACACCUCUGAGAACUCCGAGGUCAUUACGACCUCCUAGCAAUCUUGUGACCUCACAAGCGACAGGUAGGGGAAGAGGAAUCAAGUUGGACCCACAGAUUUGCAAAACGGCUUCCCAACUCUUUGACAGCAGUAGCAGCGAGUCAGUUGAGGCGUCUGCUCGCAGCUUCGACCAUCAGCCACCACCUCCCCCUCUUUCUCUACGCUUGACAGGCAUACCAUACGAUCCACACAACUCCGCUUCCUUCCGCUAUGAGCCUCGGAAGCCACCAUCGUCCUCAGCUGUACCGCAUUUGCGACCGGGGCAUGUUUUUGGCACGCCAGAGUACCUUGCACCGGAGUUGCUCACCUAUCCACAAUGCCAACAGGCUGCGGACAAUCCCGCCGUCGAUUGGUGGGCGCUGGGAGUGAUCCUCUUCGAAAUGCUUACCGGUGUUUCACCUUUCGCCGACGACAGCCUUGAGGAGAUAUUUGAGCAUAUCAUAAAAUUAGACAUCCCCUGGCCAGUUGGCGAGGAGGCGCGGCUGAGUGAAGGAGGAGGGAUUUCUCCCACUGCAGAGGACCUUAUCAGGGGUCUUCUGGAGCGGGAACCUCCGCAGCGACUGGAGACCGCGAAAAAUAUUGAGCAGCACGCAUUCUUCACUCAAGUGGGACCGUGGAGCAACUUGCAGAAUGUGACAAUGCCCUUUGUUCCCUGUCCCGACGAUGAUGCUGACACUUGCUACUUUGAGAGGGAUCCGUGGCAUGGCCUGAAGGCCAGGUCACUCAGCGGAGGUACAAUGGUGGAGCACCCAAGUGGCCUGUUACCAAAACCAGAGCUUAAACAACCGACGUAUUGCACACAACGCCUCUUCUCUUUUGAGCGUCGUCCCCAGCGCUCCCUUUGGUCAACCUCCCGCGUCUGCCAUCAUGACGUACCCUGUGCUGUAAGGAAGCACUCACGAAGCAAUCCCGACCUGAACGCAACGUCACUGAUCCUUCUCGGCGAUUCAUUCGUCUACUUUUGCAGCUUGGGUUUGGAAUCGUCAGAAGACGAGUUCAAUCGACUGAAGUAUGGUUCUGAGACUGCGUUUUGA